AUGAAAACGAUGGGGGACCUCAUAAGGGAGGACUUGUUUCACGUGGAAUUCAAGGGAGCAGAAGAAGUAAAGGAAUCAAGCAGAAGAGUUGAAUCAGAAGUACUGUCAAGCCGCAGCAUAGUCUCAGCCAUAACGCAAAUACGACCCAGCGCUAAGGAAGAAACCAAAGAACAAAUCAAGAGGAAAGAUAAAUCGACUAGCCAAUACAAGUCUUGGACGAACCCCCCCCUAACCCAAAAAGGAAACAGAAAGAAACAGGAGGAACAGAGGAACAUCCCAACGAGUAAAAGCGUCGUGGCCUUUGCCUCCUCAACCAAAAGACUCAACAAUAUCAGGGCCCCCCCGCCUUCAUAA